AGCUACUGAGAAGUCAAAGAAAAGAAAAGAAAAAAGAAACCCACAAAAUUCUGUUUUGUUAAAAGAAAAAAAAAAACAAAGUUCCUACAACCCAGAGAGGGUGUGGCAAGAACUUAUAAUUGGCUGUUAUUCUCAUACUUGAAAAGAACCAAAAUGAUAUCACUAUGUUGGAGUCAAAGUGCAGUGUGUCCCACUGUGGCUGAUCAGCAAGGACUUCUAGAUUGAGACUGAAUCUUGAUCCCAACUACAUACAAGCUACUGUCUUUUGAGUCUGCAUAAUGCCUCCAACUCUAACCAAUACCAGUUCAUCUGAUUUGAUUUCCCAACCUUGGGGAGAACCCCCUGUGGUGAUUUCCAUAGCCCUCUUCAGCCUCACUUUCUUGUUGGGGCUGCCAGGCAAUGGGUUAGUAUUCUGGGUGACUGGAUUAAAGAUGAAGCGAACAGUGAAUACAGUGUGGUUCCUCCACCUCACCGUGGCUGACCUCCUCUGCUGCCUCUCCAUGCCCUUCUCCAUUACUCACUUGGUCCUCCAGGGUUACUGGCCUUAUGGUUGGUUUUUAUGCAAGCUCAUCCCUUCCAUCAUCAUCCUCAAUAUGUCUGCCAGUGUCUUCCUACUUACAGCCAUCAGCCUUGACCGCUGUAUUGUAGUGCUCCAUCCAAUAUGGUGCCAGAAACAUCGAACUGUGAGGAUGGCCUUUGCCUUCUGUGUAGGCAUCUGGGUCCUGGCUUUUGCGAUGUGUAUGCCUGUAUUCUUGUACCGAGAAACUUUUACUGAGGACAACUAUACUGUGUGUGACUAUAAUUUUGAGAUGUACAGUUCACCAGAUAUUUCCUUUAACCCUAGCCUUGAGAUAGAAGACUCCCCUGAGGACUUCUCUGAGUUGACUGGGACAAUGGAAGAUAUCUUCGAUCUUUCAUCUUCCAGAAGGGAUGCUUAUCCCUGGCCUUCUACCACCACUGGUACACCCAAAACUUCUAAUGUUUUCUUCUAUUCCAAAAUCACUGGAGGUCACUCUGGUAGUGCUAGUUAUCACCCCUUUUCUGACUUAUCAGAACUGCCAGGGAAACUUCCUCAUACUGAAUCACCUACGAUUCCCAUAGCUUUACCUGAGUUUAACAAUAAUGAUUCCAUAACUGAUACACUGGGAAACUCUGAUGUUUUACUCCAUGACAACACAAAAGCUUUACUCAAGGCUUCUGACAAUCCUUUAGAUCUACCUGAGAUGACAGAUAGUUUCUUGGAUAUUUAUGGUAUUUAUUUCAAUGAGACCCAAUCACUGACGCCGUUGGUGGCAAUCACAAUCACAAGAUUUCUGGUAGGUUUCCUUCUGCCCCUCAUCAUCAUGGCGGUCUGUUAUACCCUCAUCAUUUUUCGUUUAAGCAGAGGUCCCUUUGCUAAAUCUAGGGGGAAAACCCUAAGAGUGGCUUUAGUGGUAGUGGUCACUUUUUUUGUCUGCUGGACUCCAUAUCAUAUUAUUGGGUUCUUGUCACUGUUUGCAUCUCCAUAUUCUCCACUUGAGAAAGUGGUGAUGGCAUGGGACCACCUCUCCAUUGCACUGGCAUCAGUCAAUAGCUGCCUUAAUCCCUUACUCUAUGCCUUCAUGGGGAAAGAUUUUAGGAAAAAGGUACAACAGUCCAUGCAGGGCAUUCUGGAGGCUGCCUUGAAUGAAGAUCUCAAUCCAUCGUCUAGCUAUCCUCAGAGCAAAACCUCACUGACUAAAGACAUCCUCAGCACAGCUGUUUGAGAAGAUGAAGAGACACCACGUAGCCUCAAAGGGUUAUGUCCUAGGACAUGUUUCACACUGGAAGAUGUCAUGAUAUUUAGGAGAUUUGGAAUGGAACUGGAUGGUUGGAGGGAACCAUGAGAAAUCAUCCCAGACGGGGCUGGGGGGGGGGGGGGGAGCAAUAUCCUAAGGACUCAAUCCAUAGAAGAUGGUUUAGUUUUUUAAAUUUAAUUGGCUCAGUGAACUCGGGCUUUAGCUAUUGAGGGAACUUCCUCAAAAAAGUACUCAGGAACUUCCUGAGUACAAAAAUAGCCAGGUCAUGAAGGGUUAGAGGCCCUCCCUCAUAUUUCUGCACACAGACCCAUAGCAUUACUAACAUCAGCACAGCAGAGCUAUGCUCAGAUGAGUCAAACUUAUAUCCUGGAUGAACAUCCUUCCCCUGCUUUGAAUAUCCUCCCCUUGCUACAGCUAAAUAAAUCUCUUUCUGUAAACUACAAGUAUCUUGUCUCCUUCUGAUUCUGAACCUGAGAUGCCUGACCAACCUGGUCAGAACCAAUCUAUAAUAAUCCCUAUAUAUGAGCAGGAUUGCAUUACAUUGGACAAAUCACUUAAGUCCUCAGUUUCCUCAUCUGUAAAAGAGUUCCACUAGAAAGAUUUCACUUCAAUUCAAAUUCUGGUAGAUGGAAAGCUCAAGUUUAUUUAAUGCGUAAGAACUUGAGAAAAAGGUUUAGUGGCAAGAGAUGGUGAAGAAUCAGAUCAAUAGGCCAAUUAAAACAGAUGAGAAUCUGAUUUUUAAAAACCAAUUUUAAUGUUGAACAACUCUGGUCAUUUUUUAAACUUUUAGAAAAGCUUUUAUUUAUCUUUCAAAGAUAUUUUAUUGUUCAUUAGUUUUAGUCACAUCUGACUCCUAGUGACUCCAUUUGGGGUUUUAUUGGUAAAGAUACUGGAAUGGUUUACCAUUUCCUUCCCCAGCUCAUUUGACAGAUGAAAAAACUGAGGCAAACACAGUUAAGUGACUCACCCAAGGUCAUACAGCUGGUAAAUGUCUGAGUCUAUAUUUGAAUUUAGGUCUUCUGACUCCAGACCCAAAGCUCUAUCCAUUGUGCUAUCUUAGUUGCCCCACUAGUGUCCCUGGGUGGGUACAAAUGUCAGCUUUCACAAAUAUAGCAAGCACAAAUGUAUAAACAUCCAUUUCCCCAACAUUUUUGAGGACACGCUCUUCUCACACCACGCUUAAGGCAUAAACUUAGGACAGAUUUUUUUUUUCUUAGCACAGUUUCUAUAUGACAUGAAUUUUGCCAAGUUCAUAUCCAAAGGAGGCGUAAUUGCCAGAUGAACCCAUCUAUUCCUGGAUUGGGUCCAGAAUGUUACUUUAGAAGGUUGGAAAGUUGGUCUCUCUUUGCUGCUCUAGACAUCAAGGCUAUCCUGGCUGCAAAUCCUGGCCUAAUGUAAAAUUCUUAAACUCUUGGAAACUGCAAUUUCUUGCCAUUCCAACGUCCUUCCUUAAUUGUAAUGCAAAUCAUCUCCCUGCUAAAAUGUAACCCCAUUCUGUUCUAGUAAAAAAUAAUAAUUGCUGUAUUUGUCAUAUAAAAAUAAUAUGAAGGAAAAAAAUUGGAAGCCCUGGUAGAUAGUGAUAGAAUACAACUGGGACCCAACAUGGUACAUACACUUUAUGAGGGGCUCUCUUGUUUGGCCAGUUAGUAAACUGGCAAAUAUUUAUUGAGAAU